UCUGUAGCCAUCGUCCGUAUUGUACGGGGACGAUGACCAAAUUACUUCAUCUUGUUUAUGUGUUAUUUUCGUGUUUUAUACUUUUGAAUUGUGAAGUGUAUAACGAUAGACCUAAAAUCAAAGUUUCGGACGGUGAUCUCAUAUUUGAACCAGCAUACGACAAGAAUAUAUAUUUAAAACCAAAUGGACCUAAGUCUACUAUAUUUUUUGGUGACUUAGACUAUAAAAAUCUAAGUAACGCUACGAGAGUUAGUCAAGAUAAUUUAUCUUUCAAUGAUAAUACGCAAACCAUAGCGACCACAUCUGAUGUAAUACUAAGGAGAAUAGAAAGACUUGAAUCUCUUACCGCUACCUUGACAACUAAUUUUAAUCUGAAUAUCACGCGGUUAACGCGACGAAUUAAUACUCUAAACACUAGAGUGAUAUCUUUACUUAACAACAGGAGGAAAAAUGAAUGUCUAUCUCACCCUUGUGAAAAUGGAGGAACUUGCUUAAACUUAGUCAAUGGUUAUCACUGUCUAUGUCCUUCGAACUGGAAAGGAACCAACUGUGAUGAAGAUGUAAAUGAAUGUCGUAAUUUUGCUGGAACUGAUUUAGGUUGUCAAAAUGGAGCGACGUGUAUUAAUACACCAGGUUCAUAUCAAUGUAUAUGUAAACCAGGGUGGUACGGAAUUGAUUGUACGAGGACGGCUAAAAACUGUUCUCAAGGAGAUUUUGAAAUGUGUGGCCAUGGAAUAUGUCUUCCCGUAGAAUCGGGAGAGGGCAUCAAAUGUCUUUGCAAUCAAGGCUGGACAACAAACGGAAAUGAUGUUGCUUGUUUGACAGACGUAAAUGAAUGCGAAUCUGGUCAAGGGGUUAGGUGUUCAGUAAAUCCACGAGUAGAAUGCAUUAAUUUACCCGGCUCGUUCCGCUGCGGCGCGUGUCCGAGUGGCUAUGAAGGCGAUGGUUUUGCUUGUUACGAUAUUGAUGAAUGUUUAACUAUACCAAAUGGUGGAUGCAGCACCAGCCCAUUGGUUUCUUGUCACAACACUAUCGGAUCUCGCAUAUGUGGUAGUUGUCCAGCCGGCUAUCAGGGUAACGGAGUAACUUGCUCUUGGAGAGGGUCAUGUUCUUUUAACCGUGGCGGUUGUCAUCCUUCCGCACAAUGCAUCGAAAGCUCAACACUUGGUGGAGUCACACAAUGCGUGUGUCCAUUUGGAAUGGAUGGUGAUGGUAUCGGUUUACAUGGAUGUUAUAUUUCAGCUGUAGAUAACACCACUCAACGAUGCGAAAAUAAUCCAUGUGGAGCUCAUGGUCAUUGUCACCCGUUUCGUAAAGGCUACACGUGCAUUUGCUACCAAGGUUUUAGUGGUGCUCACUGUGAUGAAGAAAUAAAUUCGUGUACCAAUAAUCCAUGCCAUAAUGGAGGCACAUGUAGACUUGACGAAAGAGUGACAAGAGGAUUCAAAUGUGAGUGUACCGCUUUAUAUUCAGGUGACCUUUGUCAAGUUCAUUCGCAACCUUGUGGUGGAGUUCUUGAUUAUGAAGAAGGUAGUAUUAUAUAUCCAAUAUCUAAUACAACGUAUAGCCAUAACUCUAGAUGUGCAUGGGUUAUUCACACAUCUCCAGAUAAAGUUAUUAAUGUCACAUUUACUAAGUUUAAUUUAGAAUAUCAUUCAGAUUGUCGUUAUGAUUUUGUGCAAAUUCAUGACGGUAGAAGUUCUGCUAGCCAAUUAAUUGGUAGAUUUUGUGGCAAUACUUUUCCGAAGGGAGGUAAUAUAAUUUCAAGUCAUAAUAAUCUUUACUUUUGGUUUAGAUCAGAUCAAACCGUUGCCAAAGAAGGUUUUGCUUUACAUUGGACUAGUAUAACACCUACCUGUGGUGGUGAGAUAAAUGCAACCACACACGGUCACAUCCGAUCGCCUGGUUCUCCAGGUAGCUAUCCACCCAAUCGCGAUUGUUGUUGGCAUUUAUCAACAUCCUUAGGAAAAAGAAUACAAUUGCAUUUUUUUGAACUUGACAUAGAAGAACAUGCAAACUGCAGUUUUGAUUUCUUAGCUAUCUACGACGGUAGUCGAACAGAAGAUCCACUCAUUAGUCAAUAUUGUAAUUCAAGUCAACCAGCGCCAGUUCAAUCAGCUGGGUCUGAUAUGUUAAUACAUUUUCAUUCCGACGGGUAUGGCGAUGGUAAAGGUUUUCAAAUAACAUAUGCUCCUAUUGAAGGAAUUCCGGGAUGUGGUGGCUUCUUUACUGCUGACAAGGGUGAAAUUAUUUCACCGUCAUAUAAUGGUGCUUAUUUAAAUAAUCUACUUUGUGAAUAUAAAAUAAAAACAAAUGUCGAAACGACAAUUCGUAUUGAAUUUAAGUCUUUUAACUUGGAAAGAUCUUUUAGAUGCAGAUAUGAUUAUUUAAAAAUUUAUGACGGUCCAUCUUCUGAAUCACCACUCGUUGGGAGAUUUUGCGGAACUAAUCAUCCAAAAACGUAUACAUCGACUUCUAACAACCUUUUUAUUGUAUUUAAAAGUGACCACAGUUCAGCGUCUGGAGGUUUUAAAAUAACUUAUGAAUCAAUUUGCUUUAAAACUAUUACAGGAGGUAGUGGAAUCAUCAAGACUCCGGGCUAUCCAUUAAGUUAUAAAAAACAUAUAGUCUGUGAUUAUAUAAUCAGCACUACACCAGGUAAAGCUAUAGUUUUAACUUUUCAAGAUUUUGAUAUAGAAGACAAUAGAUAUUACAAUUGUCAAUAUGAUCAUGUUGAGAUAAGAGAUGGCCCUUCUAUAAAUUCCACACAAAUGGGCAGGUAUUGUGGCGGUUCAGAGUUUACGCCACCAACACAAACAUCUAGCCAUAAUUAUAUGUACAUUAGAUUUACAUCCGAUGUCAGUGUGACAGGUAGAGGUUUCUACGCUAAUUACACUACAAUUAAUACAAAAUGUGGAGGAAUCCACAAAGAGAAUACGGGAAUUAUUAACCAUCCAAGUGAAACUACCACUCAAUAUUCUAAUGAUCAAACAUGUACAUGGAUGUUAAUUGCUCCGGAAGGAAUGCAUAUUAAAUUAACAUGGAAUAGAUUUGAGCUCGAAAAUAUGCCGUCAUGUAAUAGUGAUUAUGUACUCAUUAUUGAAAUUGAUGAAAAUAAUGACAAUAAUACUUUAGGUAAAUAUUGUGGUAGCACUUUGCCUCCUGCAUUAACAACAUCUUCAAAUCGUCUUAUGAUAAAAUUUGUAUCCGAUGUUAGUGUUCACCUAAAUGGCUUUUCACUAUCAUAUACAUUUUUAGAUGAAAAAAGUCAUUGUGGAGGUCUUUACGUAAAGACACAAGGAUAUCUAUAUUCCCCAGGGUGGCCUUACACUUACGACUUAAAUCGUGAUUGUACUUGGGUAAUAACAGUACCAUAUGGUCAACAAAUCAUUCUUAACAUAACAGAUUUUGAUUUAGAAAGACCGCUAAGAAAUAAUUGCGAGUUAGGUGAUUAUUUAACAAUAAGGGACGGGUCUUCUGAAAAUUCUGCUUUAAUUGGUACAUUUUGUGGAUACUUUAAAUCAAAACGUAUCGUAACAACUGCUAAUAGUGCUUUUAUUCGAUUUCAUUCCGAUUUUUAUCUGCAAGGCAAUGGAUUCAAGAUCGAAUGGGAUGGGACUUUAAGGGGAUGUGGCGGAGUAUUAAAUAGUGCAUACGGUUCAAUAUCGUCACCAAAUUAUCCUCAGGAUUACAAUGAAAAUGCAGAGUGCUUUUAUAGAAUCGUUACAAGCAGUGGUUCCAAAAUUAAAAUAACAUUUGUUGAAUUAGAUUUAGAACGAACCAACGAUUGUACCGACGACUAUGUGGAAAUAUUUGAUGGACGUGAUAGCAACGCUUUUAGUUUUGGUAAACACUGUUUUAAGUCGCCUAAAUCAGAAAUUAUAGAAACUUCCAGUAAUUUCGCUUUCAUUAAAUUUAGAUCAGACAUAUUUAUAGGUGGAAAAGGUUUUCUUCUUAAUUAUGUUACAAUAUGUAAUAAUAAUAUAAGUGGAAGUUACGGUGUCAUAGAAAGCCCAGGCUACCCGAACAGCUAUCCAUUAAAUAUGAACUGUCUUUGGACGAUAAAUGUUCCAAAAGGUAAUAAAAUUAAUGUAACAUUUAUAAAGUUCGAUAUUUUUGAAUCUUUUGGCUCUUACCGCCCCUUUAGUCCAUUUCGACCAUGGCACUUAAACCGUCGUAACUGCGAAACAGCAUAUCUGCAAUACAAAGAAACAUCAGAUAAAUUGUUUUCUAAAAAAUUAUGUGGUACAUCACUCCCGGAACCAAUUAGUACUAAGAGUAAUUCGUUACAAAUACAAUUUGCCUCAGGAAAUUUUUAUCCUCAUAAUGGUUUUCGUAUGGAAUGGGUCAGUUAUGGCUGCGGCAGUCAUAUUCAAAAGCGUUUUGGAACUUUGUCGAUGGAUCAUGUAUUAAAUAUAUCAGACGACUUAGAUUGUGAAUGGAUUAUUGAAACACCCGUAGGAACAGCUGUUUCCAUUACAUUUUCGGAUAUUUACAUGACAGAAUCGAAAAACUGUUCUAUCGAUGCUAUAGAAGUUUUCAAUGGCCCGAAUACAGCUUCUCCACUUAUAACAAAAAUUUGUCAUCGAGAUAAAAGCACUACAACUGUACAAGCAAGUUCAAACUUUUUACUUGUUAGAUUAAUAAAACGAUCGUCUUUACGAAAUAUAUAUUUCGAUUCACGUUUCAGUUCUUUAAGCGAUGGGUGCGGAAAUGAAAUUAAUGCUCCUUCUGGAUUAAUACAAUCAAAGAAUUACCCUAAAGAUUAUGAAAAUAACUUGGAUUGCAUAUGGUUGAUAUCGGUACCAAAAGGUCAUAGAAUAGACUUAAAUUUUAUAAGUUUUGAUUUAUACUCAAUACAUGAUAACGAUUGUGGUGAUUUUAUUAAAAUUUACGAUAAUAUUGAUAAUUUUCAAUCAAAUUAUACGUUACUCCUUUGUCCUAAAACAAAUAAAACACAAUUUUUAUCGGAGAAUUCCUCUAUUAAAGUACAAUUUCAAACUAAUGCCUAUGGAAGUGCCAGAGGUUUUAAAGCUAAUUUUACUAUGACUUGUGGGGCAGUUAUAAAAGUAAAAUCUGAUGGAAUCAUUUCUAAUAGUCAAUUUAUAAACCAUAACAACAUGAAUUGCACAUGGGUAAUACUCGCACCAGAUCCGAGUCAAAAAGUAAAAUUAACUAUUCAGCACAUGUCAUUGCCAAAAAUGGCAGAUGUUAUAACUGAUCGUAACUGCCCAUCAUCAUAUCUUAGAGUUCUGGAUGGUAAUGACGACAAAUCGCCUUUAAUUGAUGAAUUUUGUGGGCGGAAAGUCCCACCUACCAUAAUAAGUCGCGGGAGUGCGUUGACAAUUAUUUUAGGUUCGUAUACAGAAAGUAUUAAAGGGCAAUUUGUUGCACAUUAUUCUGUAUUAACUAAUGCAUGUGGUGGAAAUCUGUCUUCAGAAGAAGGUUCUAUUGCUUCACCAAAUUAUCCACUUUCUUAUCCAAACAACGCUAAUUGUGAAUGGAUAUUAAGCACCUCACCCGGAAAUAGAGUUUACAUUACAUUUGAAAAGUUUGACAUAGAUUAUUCUGAAAACUGCAACGAAGACUAUUUGGAAAUAAGAGAAAAUGAUGGAGGGAAAUUACUAGCAGUUUACUGUGGACAGGAUAUUCCUUUUAAUACGACAACAGGAACAAAACUAUACAUAAAGUUUUACAGUAACGGUAGAGGUACAGGUCAAGGAUUUCUUCUUCAUUAUGGGUUUUUACAUGGAAAUGAAAUUACUGGUCUAAAUAACGGAGAAAUAGCGUCGCCACUAUAUCCUUUUCCAUAUGAAGGAGAAGGUGAAUACAGCUGGAGAAUUAUUACUGACGUAUCAACUAUUAUAUCUAUUAAUGUAGAUCAUUUGCAAAUUCAUACACAUAGUGAUAUCUGCAGUAGUAAAUUAAUUCUCAUCGAUGGUUAUGAUGACGAAGGUCCAAUUUUACAAGAAUUGUGUGGAUUAUUAAAGGAAGACAAUAAAAUUUUUCGAACAACUUCAAACGCUAUUUAUUUAAAGCUUAUAUUAGACGAGGAAAAUUUUGGUUCACUAUUUCAUAUUCAGUGGGCACAAUCGAACAAGUUAGUGAUAGAUUCAAGCGAUAAAAUAAAUUGUGGAUUAAACAAAACUAAAGUAAUAUUACCUAUUAAUGAUUUCGAAUUUCAUUCUCCAAAUUACCCUAACGAAUAUAGUUUGAACUCAAACUGUAUUUGGAUAUUAGAAGUAAAUCCCGGUAGACAUUUAAAACUUACUAUUAAAGAUGUGACUUUAGAGGAAACUCCGAACUGUUUUGCAGACUAUAUUUCAAUUUUCUCUUCCGACCAAGGAGAGUGGAGGCCUAUCAUAGAAAAUGCAUGCCGUACGGAAGAUUUGAAUAAAAAAGUGUUUACAAGCAGAACUGCAAUUAAAGUCCAGUUUAAAUCUGAUUCAAGCAUUGUGCGCAAGGGAUUUUUGGCAAAUGUAAGGUCAAUUUGUGGUGGACUUUUACAAGAGAAAUCAGGUGAAGUUGAAAUCGGAAAUUAUGAUUUCCAUGACAGAUUUGAAUCCAAAAUAAGAUGCAAUUGGACAAUAAAAGUACGUCCAGGACGAACAAUACAAAUGAAAUUUAUACACUUUAAUAUAACUAAUGAUAAAGAAUGCUCUUCUUACGUUAUUUUACGAAACGGUGAAAGUGCUGAAUCUCCGUUUUUAUCUAAUGGAAAAUAUUGUGGAUAUUCUCAUGAAAAUAAAGAUCAAAUUAUUUCGUCGAGCAAUGUUGUAUCUGUUAGUUAUGUUGCUUUAAAUCCUCUUCUACAUUUAAAAAAUAAAUUUCAAUACUUUAAACUAUACUACGAAGAGAAGAAUAUUGAAUGUGGAUUAACAUCUUCUUUAGACGCGGAUCACACGUGGGAAAUUAUUAGUUCACCUAACUAUCCCUCCGUUCCAAAUCCGUACACAGAAUGCAUAUGGAUUUUUACUGGUCCUCCAGGAGAAAUUUUAAGAAUUGAUUUUUUGGAACGAUUUGAUUUGGAAGUUUCUGAACAGUGCACACUUGAAUCUGUUGAGAUUAGGGAUGGAUCUUCACAAUUAGCCCCACUAAAAGAAACUAUUUGCAAAGAACUACCGGGUACAAUUAAAACUAGUAGUAAUUCAAUGUUUAUAAAAUAUUCAACACAAAUAGCAGAGCCUAGAAAUGGAUUUAAAGCUAAUGUAUCAAUAGACGUAUGUGGUGGUGCAAUUAUUGCAAAAUCAGGGGAAGUAUUGUCACCUGGCUACCCGCACUUGACUUAUCUAUCUCCUGGUACUUUAUGCCAAUGGCACAUUAUUUCAUUACCUAAACAUGUGAUUCAGUUGAAUUUCAGGGAUCUACAACUUCCCGAAUCUGAAAAACCAUGUGAUACAAAAAUCACAAUAGAAGAAACAAUUGUUGCAAAUAAUACAUUAGAAUUAGGAAAAAUAAAAGAAUUUUGUGAAAACACAAUUUAUGAUAACACAGUUCCAAUCGAGACGCUUACUAAUAAAGUAAUAAUUAAAUUAUAUAUUGGAAAACCUAGCCAAUGGAUACAAGUUUCAGAAAGUAGAGGAUUCCGUUUUACAUUUAAUUCUUCAAGACCUUCGUGUGGUGGUCCAAUAACAGUUUCAGAAGGAUAUUUAACAACCCCUGGUUAUCCUUAUGAAACCUCUUUACGCUAUUGCCAGUGGACUAUUACAGUUCCUGAUAUAACACGAAGAGUACAAUUACAACUCUUGGACUAUGAUAACAGUUAUGAUAUAGGUGUUUAUAACGAUAUAACAUUUAUGUCUGCUAUUGAAGGACAGCGCAGUGACAACAGUUCCUCUAGUAGCCCUACUAUUUUCGAGUCUACGGGCAAUAAAUUGUCUUUUUAUAUUUUUAGAAACAAGAACAAAUUAACAUUUCGGUUUAAAGCGAAGUAUACUUCAGAUAACCCAGCAUUAUGCGGUGGAAAAUUACGAGAUGUUCAAGGAGAACUUCAGUCACCUAAUUUGGAUCAAGCUUACGUUUGCGAAUGGAACUAUGACGGUGCAUCCACAUCUGUUGACGCUAAUAUAUAUAAAACUUUAUCUGUAAACGUAACAGUUAACUCGUCAGCGCAAAAUAUUUGUCGAUACAGAGAUUCAAAACUUAUCAUAAAUUCAAAUGUUGUUAAAGGAGGACCUUUAUUUGCUAGGAAUAUAUGUGGAAUUAAUACUAACGUGUUAUUGAAUUUACCAGAAGCAAAUAUGAAUAUUAAAGCUUUGCAAUAUAAGCGUAGUCGCAUAAUAUUUGACUUACAUUGGAAAUUAAAUCCAUGUGGAGGUGUGAUACACGCUGGGCCAGAUUCAGUCAACAUACUUAAAGUACCUAAUUCUCAUAACAUUACGAUUGAUUGUGCGUGGUUAAUUGUAACACUUAUUGGAGUCAGAAUCGAAUUAAAACUAGAAGGACAUUUUAAUUUAGUUUGUUCUGAUGAAUUUUUGCAAAUAAAUCAAGGAAUAACUCAAAAUUCUUUGAAAAUAGGUGAUUAUUGUAAAACCAAAAUUCAGGAACAAGCUCUUUCGACAUCAUUCAGAUAUACAUAUGUACAAUAUCAUUCAGAACCUCAAAGUAAUACUAAUAUAAAACUAAUGGUUAAAACUGUUAGUACUCAAUGUGGAGGACAUCUAACAGAAUAUGAAAGGGUAUUUACAUCACCAAACUAUCCUCGAAAUUACCCAGAUAAUCAAGAAUGUGUAUGGGAAAUCUACGCAGGAAUUGGAUAUAGAAUAUCUCUCCUAUUUGAAGGAAGAUUUUCCAUAGAAGACAAAACUAAUUGCACGAAAGACUCACUCAUCAUUUUUGACUGGAUAGAAAAUAAAUAUCAAGAGAUUGCACGAGUAUGUGGCCGCCGAACUCCAACUUCGUUUAAUUCUACAUCAAAUAGAAUGAAGAUAAUUUUCCGCACAGACGAGUCUAUUAAUUUGGACGGAUUCAAAGCGAGAUGGGUGCCUAUAUGUGGUGGAACACUAAUAGCAAAGAGUGAAGAACAGUUUUUAUAUAGUCCUGGAUAUACAAACGGAUAUUAUCCAUCUUUAAAUUGUGAAUACAUAAUUCAAAGUACUUCUAAUAGAAUUCAAGUUAAGUUCUUAGAUUUCGAACUUGAAGGAUCGUAUCCUGACUGCGAAUAUGACAACUUAACAGUUAUUACACAAAGUGACUAUAAUUACUUUUAUGGGCUUUAUUGUGGAAAAGAAUUACCACCGCCAGUAAAUGGUAACGAUAAAGUGGAAAUUACUUUUAAGACUGAUCUUUACGGCCAAAGAAAAGGUUUUAAAUUGUCUUACUCACUUUAUUCCUGUGGGGGAUUAGUAAAACAGCCUACAAUUAUAACACUGAGCAACUCAAAUACUUAUAUUGAAAAUACAAAUUGUACAUGGUCAAUAGAAGGUCCUUUAAAUAAAAUUGUAAUACUUAAAUUCUUUUUCAUAGAUAUAGAGAGUAGCUAUGAAUGUUUAAACGAUAACGUAGCAGUUUAUGAUGGGUCAAAGAGAGAUUUAAACAAUAGAUUGGCACUAAUGUGUGGUCACGUUAAUACUACUACUGUUAUAAAAAGUACAAACAACACAGUUAUAUUACAAUUCAUUUCUGACAGUAAUAUGAAUUACAGAGGAUUUAAAGUAGAAGUACUUUUUAGUUAUUCAGAAUCUGUAGGGUGUGGUGGACACGUUGAUCUAACAGCUACAUCUAGAAGGACCAUUAAGUCUCCUCUUAUUGGAAAUAGUGUUGUGUAUGAAAACUAUUUAGACUGUCACUGGGCAAUAAAAGCACCAACUGAUUACUUUAUCAAAAUUACUUUUACUUCCUUUCAUAUAGCCCCUUGCAUAAACGUAAAUCAAACAGCAUUGGGUAACAGUAAGUGUGACUGCGAUUAUGUAGAACUGAAAGAUGGCUUAAAUCCAAACAGUUUAAUUAUUGGUACAUACUGUGGGCACUCAUACCCGCCUCAAUUAUCAUCCUCAAGUAAUACAAUGACUGUUAGACUUUCUACCGACGGAGAGGCAGUGAGCUCUGGCUUUGAAGCACUUUUAACAGCUCACCUUUCUCAAUGUGGUAAUACCUUUUUCACCAUUACGAGCUCUUUGCAAACAUUAAAAUCACCAGGUUACGAUACCGGGGUAAUUCCUCGAGGAUUGCAUUGCACCUACGUUUUCGAUUCAAACCAAGAGCCAUAUUCCACAGUACAUAUAAGAAUACAAGACUUAGAUUUAGAUCCGGGUACAGGAAGUACAUGCAAUAACGAUAGAAUUACUAUAAGUAGUCAUUCACAGCCAAGAAAUAUGACUGCAAGUAAAGAUUUCAUAAUAAAUGAAUCGUUAGAUGAGUUCUUCUCUCGCACAACAUUCUACUUUGACUCAUCAUUAUACCCACCAAAACGUUUUGAAUUAUGUGGGAGAAAAAAAUCUGUCGACUAUUAUGUAACGGGAAGCAUCAAAAUAAAUUUACAAACUUCAGCAGAAACUACAUCUGCCUAUAAAGGAAUACUCAUUUCAAUAUCAUAUCUAGGUGUAUGCGGAAGAAAUUACACCGAAUUACAAGGAAGAAUACAAUCACAAAGCCCAGCAGAUACUGCUACAAGUGAACAAAAUUGUUUCACACUGAUAACCGUACCAGAAAAUUAUACUAUAUCAUUAUAUUUUCUUUCAGUAUCGCCGGUUUACUGGAAUGACAAGGUAUUUUUAAAGUUUUUUGAUGGUAAAUCAACAGACACGCCCCUACUAACUGAAAUAUCAAGUGAAUACCGGGAAUAUGUUCAAGUAUUUUCGAGAGGUCGAUAUUUACUUUUACAAAAUCAUAUUAGGGGAACUGAAUCAAUUGUUUAUGAUUUAAAUUAUGUUGCAACCGAUAAAGGCAGAGGAUGUGGAGGAUUACUUCAAAACGCAGCAGGAAGAGUUACAAGUCCUCUUUAUCCCGAUAUUUAUAGGAAAAAAUCAACGUGUGAAUGGUUACUUGAAACGCCAAUAGGGACACGUAUAAAGUUACAUUUUACGGUAUUCGAUCUAGGCCGCAUUUGCGAUCAAAACUAUCUUAGUCUUGUCGAUAGAAAUGGUAAUACCAUAUCUACGUAUUGCUCUGAAUCGCCGGCAGACUAUACAAGUGAAGAUAAUUAUAUCAAAAUUUUAUUUACUACUUCAAGAAAUAACGGUGGAACAGGUUGGGUGGCAGAUUUUAUAGCAGUAACAUAAAGAACUUGUUCUACAUUACAAACAAUUUUUACGAAUCGGGAAAAUUUUCAUUAUUUAAGUUUUAAGGAUAAAUGCCAUGCGCCAUCGUGAAAAUUAUAUUUACCGAAAAUAACAUAGUUGAUAUAUUGAUUUUCGUUUAUUUCACAACACAUUAAUUUAUGAUUUCGUACAAAAAUGUAAAAAUCAUAACGAUUUUCUAAACUUCAAUAAAUAUAAGAUUUUACAAACGAAAUAAUAAAUGUAUAAAUAUAUGCUUGUAUGUUAAUAAUACAUACCUAAUGACGUAUUCCGUGAUUAUUAUAGAUAUUGGCAUGGAUAUUGAACGCUCGUUGAUAGUGUGGAUGGCUUUCUAGUUUUGCACAUCGUACAGGGGUCCCAAACAGAAUAUAAGUACUUACUUUAUUUCAGUACAAAGAUAAAAAUAAUUAAAAUGCAAAAGUAUUUUGUACUUAAUAAAGAUUUAUAUAUAAUAAUACACAAAAUGUUGAAGUAAAGUUGACGGACAGUGCUCAAUUCCGCGCGGAACUAAAAUAACAUACUGUUCAAAAUGUUAUUUUCACUUCAUACCAGUCUUAUUCAAAUGAAAUAAAAAUUAAUUUGGUUUAUAUUAUGUACGUUGUGUCGUUAUACGUAUAAUGGUUAAACAUAUAAUCAUCACAAAACUAAAACUAGAUGUUAAUAUUUACUUUUUAACAUAUUUUAAUGUAAAAUAGUAUGACAUUAUGUUAUUUUUAUUUAAUUUGCGAUGUUAAAAAUAAGUGUUAUCUUUUGUUAACCAGAAAUAAAAUAAACAAUAAAGUACUUA